AUGUCAAGUGUACAAGAACAAACUCAUUAUAACGAUGUUAUGAGUAAUGACGGUGAGGAUGAUGAUGUUGAGAUGGUAGAUCCUUUGGAUGGCUCUACAACUGUUGAUUGUGCACCUGCACCAGUUUCAGGUGAAAAGGAACAUAAACUUAGAUCUGAUGUUUGGGAAUAUUUUGAUCUCAUUAAAUAUAAAUAUGGAUCAAAGAAGGGAGGGUGCAAGGCUUGUAAAGUGGGAUAUAAAUAUGAUAGCCAGAAAGGUGGAACCUCAUCUAUGAAAAGGCAUAAGUGUCGUGAGCGUCAUUCUCAGGACAUAGGGAAAAUUAUUUUAUCUGCAAAGAAUGGCCAGUUGUCUUCCCGCUUACGCAAAAUUGAUCAGAUGAAGUUUCGGGAUCUUAUUUCAGAAUUACUCAUUGCAAGAAAUGUCCCAUUGACUUUGGUGGAGUGGAAAGAAUUUAGGGACAUAUGUUCUUAUCUAAAUGAGGAUGCUAAACCAAUAUCAAGGAAUACUGGGAAAGCCGAUAUUGUCAAAAAACAUAAUGCACAAAAAGAAGUUAUUCGAAACAUAUUGAAACUUGCUCCAGGUAGGAUGUGUCUAACAUCAGACAUGUGGACCUCUGUUACGACUACAGGGUAUAUAAGCUUCACUAUCCACUUUCUUGAUCAAAAUUGGGAAUUAAAGAAGUAUGUACUGAAUUUUUGUGAACUUCCACCACCUCAUACAGGUGAAAACCUUUCUGCCAAGCUAUUUGGAAUGAUAGAAUAUUGGGGAAUUGAAGAAAAAAGUAGACUUGUUGCAAAGAAGAUCCUGUUUAACAAGGGGAAAUACUUUCAUGUGCGUUGUUGUGCUCACAUCUUAGCUCUUAUUGUAAAAGAUGGACUUGUGAUGAUUGAUCCAGUUGUGCUUAAGUUAAGAAAGUCACUGAAGUCGCUUAAAAAGUCCCAAGUAAGAAAACAAAAAUUCUUGGACAUUGUUGAUAAUUUAGGAAUGUCUGCAGUAAGAAGGGGUGUUCGUCAAGAUGUUAAGACAAGAUGGAAUUCAACUUAUCUUAUGUUAGACAGUUGUCUUGUGUAUAGAAGUGUUUUCGCUCACUUGAAAGAGGUGGAUUCAGACUAUGAAGACUGCCCAACUGACGAAGAAUAUGAUCAAAUUGAAGUGGUCACAAAUUUUCUCAAGACGUUUUAUGAUCUCACAACUUUGUUUUCUGGUAGUAAGUAUCCUACCUCCAAUCUAUAUUUUGAAGGAGUUUGUCAAGUUCAGGUGUUAUUAAAAAAAGAAAGCACAAAUGAAAUUGAAUUCAUUAGGGACAUGGUGAAAGAGAUGCAACAAAAGUUUAACAGUUAUUGGGAGAACUUAAGUCCUAUAUUGGCUAUGGCACUUGUGUUAGAUCCUAGAUUGAAACUGAAGUAUCUAAACUUUGCUUAUUCCAAGUUGUAUCCUGAUGUAAGACAAUAA